UGUAUUUUUUCUUAAAUUAUAUCAAAAUAAAAGUGAGAUAUGAGGAGUAGAAGACAUCAAAGAGGCAAUCCAACUUUUCCACGGCUCCUCCAUCCUCCCUCUUGGAGGAACAAGUAUCAGCAGAAAAAAUGGCGGAGGCUACUGUGUCCUUUGCUGUGGAAAGGCUAGGCGAUCUGUUAAUUCAAGAGGCAAGUUUCUUAUAUGGGGUUACUAAUAAAGUUGCGGAAAUUCAGGCUGAGCUUAGGUGGAUGAAAUGUUUUCUAAAGGAUGCGGAUGCAAAACAAGAUGAAGAUGAGAUGAUUUGCAAUUGGAUUGCUGAAAUUAGAGAGGCUGCAUAUGAUGCUGAAGACGUCAUACAGGCUUUUGCCUUCAGAGUUGCGCUGAGGAGGAGAAGGGGUCUCCAAAAUAUCCUCAAGAGGUAUGCUUUCAUCUUCUCUGAACUUAUGGCAGUCCACAUGGUUGGGACAGAGAUUGAUGCCAUAAAAAACAAACUCUCCAGUCUCACUGCAAGUUUACAAAGGUAUGACAUAAAUAAAAUUAGAGAAGGAAGCUCAAGUUCCAGAAAUAGCAGGCAACAACUGAUCCGUAGGCCAACUUACUCCCACCUCGAUGAUAAAGAUACAAUUGGGGUGGGGGAAAGUACAAAGAUUUUGGUGGAACGGCUGGUGGAACCAGACAAGAGAUGCUCCGUUGUGUGCAUAUAUGGUAUGGGGGGUCUGGGAAAGACUACUCUUGCUAGAAAGGUUUACCAUCAUGUCCGUGUCAGGCGUCAUUUUGAUCAUUUUGCUUGGAGUCCCAUAUCUCAAUACUUGGACAUCAGAGCUGUUGUGCAAGGAAUACUGAUCAAAUUGAUAUCUCCUUCGGGAGAGCAGAGAAGGGAAAUUGACAACAUGAGUGAUGAUGAAGUGUUGGAGAGAUUGUAUAAAAUUCAAGAGGAAAAGAAAUGUCUGGUGGUUCUUGAUGAUGUGUGGAGAAGACAAGAUUGGGAGAGUCUAAGACCUGCCUUUCCAAUUGGAAAGGAGGGCAGCAGGAUUGUGGUCACCACUCGGUGCCAGGCAGCUUCAAUUGUGGAUCCAAACAUGGCUUUCUUUCACCAACCAAAGUUUUUAACAGGGGAGGAGAGUUGGGAGCUUCUUCAGAGAAAAGCAUUGCCAACUAGAAAUGAUGAUGGUAAAGAUCCUAGCAUUGACAACGUGGAGGAGUUGGGAAAGGAAAUGGUAAGAUAUUGUGGAGGUUUGCCAUUGGCUAUUGUUGUGCUUGGUGGACUUCUAGCUACAAAACACACAUUCUAUGAGUGGGAGAGAGUUCAAAGAAAUAUUAAAUCAUACUUGAGGAGAGGCAAAGAUAAUUACGAGCAGCAAGGCAGUGGAGUGUCUGAUGUGUUAGCUUUAAGUUAUCAAGACUUGCCAUACUACUUAAAAUCAUGCUUUCUCUAUUUAGCCAAUUUUCCUGAGGACUAUGAAAUACCAACCAGACCUUUGGUUCAAAUGUGGGUGGCUGAAGGGAUUAUAUCAGAGGCGAGAGAAGAAACAUUGGAAGAUGUUGCAGAAGGGUAUCUGGAUGAACUAAUUGGAAGGUGUAUGGUUCAAGCAGGAAGAGUAAGUUCAAACGGAAGAGUCAAAACUUGUCGCCUACAUGACCUUAUGCAAGAUUUAUGUUCAUCAAAGGCAAAAGAAGAAAACUUUCUUGAGAUUAUUAAUCUUCAGGAAGUGGAGACAUUUUCAUCCUCUAGAGUAACAACACUCGUUCCAAAUAAAGUCCGAAGACGUGCCAUAUAUCUAGAUCAAUCUAUUCAUAUGGAGAUUGUUAAUAGAAAUGAAGGUGCUAAUAGCAACGCCAACUUGAACGUAGAGAAUGGUAUGCACCUUCGAUCUCUCCUAAUAUUCUAUCCACCAACAAAAAAUUCAGUCCACUGGAUGAUGAGGAAGUUGGACUUGAAGAACUUCAAACUAUUGAGAGUGCUUAGUCUUGAGGGACUUUCAUUGGAAGAAAAAUUACCAAGAGCAAUUGGUAACCUAAUACACUUGAAGUACUUAAGUCUUAAAUAUGCUAAGCUAUUAUGCUUUCCAUCAUCCAUAAGAAAUUUAAGUUGUAUCCAAACUUUAGAUUUACGGUUUGUCAGUGUUCAUCGGGUAACUUGCUCUAAAGUACGUGAUGUGAUAGGUAGAAUGAAAUGGCUAAGACAUCUUUGCCUUCCUCAAUAUCUUAAUAUGGAUGACAGCAAGGUGCAAUGGGACAGCCUAAGCAACUUGGAGACGCUAAAAAACUUUAAUGCAACGCAAUGGGCUGUAAAGGAUUUGGCACACUUGGCCAAGCUUCGGAAAUUGAAGAUAAAUAAUGUCAAAAGCUUUAAAGAGUUGGGGGUAAUUCUCAAACCCUCUUGUCCCAUUUCAAACAUUCUUCAUUCCUUGGUUUUGGAUGAUGUAAGUUCCAAAAUUGAAGAAACAGAUCUAAGGCAGUUAUCUAUAUGCCAACAUCUUUAUAAGCUAUUCUUGGGAGGAGAAAUAAACAGUUUGCCUGGGCACCACCACUUCCCUCCAAACCUCAUAAAGUUAACCUUAUGGGAGUCUCACCUAAAACAGGAUCCGAUACCAAUUUUAGAGAAGCUUCUUAACUUGACAACCCUACACUUAAAGAUUGACUGUUACUUUGGGGAGGAAAUGGUUUUCUCUGCACAUGGGUUCCCUCGACUCAAGUAUCUGCAUGUCUCCUAUAUCGAUUACUUAAGAAGGUUGAGGGUGGAUAAAGGUGCAAUGCCUAAUCUUAAGAGUUUAACAAUUGUUAGAUGCAAAUCAUUGGAAAUGGUUCCUGAAGGACUAAGGUAUAUCACUACCCUUCAAGCAUUGGAGAUCAAGUAUAUGCACAAAGAGUUCAUGGAGAGGCUUCAAGUGAUAAAUGGAAAAGAAGGGGAGGAUUUUUACAAAGUCCAACAUGUGGCCUCCAUCUCAUUAAUUGUUGUUUGAGUUAAUGCCCAGAAAAUUCGCAAAGAGGAUUCAAGUGAUAAAUGGAGAAGGAGAGGAUGUCUACAAAGUCCAACUUGGUGCCUUCCAUCUCAUUACUUGGCCAUCCCAUAUAUGAAGAGAGAAGAAGCAACCACUGAAUGAAAAACUUACUGAUGGAUUUCAUCCAAUAGGCCCUGAUGGUGAGGUGAUGCUAAAUGGCAGCAGUGACUUGUGAGCAGCCAGCCUAAUUGGGAAAUUAGUGUAGUCCUCCACCUUUCACAGCUUCUUGCCCAGUACUCUUUUACUAAGUAGAAUGAGUGCGGUGGUAGAUGAAAUUCAACUGUCUGUGAUCUGAAAACAAUGUUCUCUCUCUCUCUCUCUCUCUCUCUCUCUCUUUUUCUCCUCUUAAUAGUUGGUGUGUUGCCAUAAAACCUUUGCUAGUUUUCUUGAUGUCGGGAUUGUUUUUGGAAGGUUCAGAUUGUGCUUUUUUGUGAUGCUUCAUUGUCCUGUUGUGUACAAUAAAAGUGGUUGUUUCAAUGCAAUUUCCCUUUGUUUC